CUGGAGCCCUCUUAUUCCCCAGAGUCCCCUUCUGAAAGUUUCAAUGCUUUUGGGUUUUUUUUUUUCCAGCGCAAAUACAGCUAAUAUUUCAUGCACAUGUACAGUGCUGUGUGUGGUGGAGGUGAACAGAGCUGAAAUGUCAGGCUGGUGCAUUUCCUCAGUAUCUUUAGCCCUGCAGCCUGGGGCCCUUUGUGUGAUGUGAUAAGGAGCUCUGUCCUGGUUGCCCGAUCCCCCCCCCCCCCCCCCCCGUACUGAAAGCCUUGGAAGUGCUUGCAUUUGUCACUCUAAGCUGUCUUUCAGGAUGUGUACUGGCUGUGACACGUCUACGUGCUCUACCUGCCCGCCCCCCCUGCCCCCGACACCUCAAACUGAAUUAUCAAACAGACAUUAAAUUUAACGGAAAGGAAUCAUCAGAUGCUGUUCAAGUUAGCACUUUGAGCCGACUAUUUGAUUUACCAGCAAUAAAUCAAAUGCAGAUUUUGAAUAGAAUGCAUAUUAGGGCCAUAUUUAGCAUAACAAAAAACACACAUGCUAUAACCGUGCAUGUUCUUUGGACCAAGGAGCUUUGUCCUACCUUGGACAGAACAGGUGCUUUCUCUGCUCAGAACUGACUGGCACAGACACCUCUGUUCUACUGAGGUGUGUCUUUAUUGGUUACUACAAAAAAACAACUCAUUAAAACCGAUUCUCUUUAAAGUCAAAACUACAAUAAGGACACUUGAAAGAAGUCAAAUUAUUCAACAUAUGUAAGAAAUUACAAAACUUUCAACGAAGAAACACGUAAAACAUUUUAAAAUCAAACACCAAAUUCAUGUCACUGAAACACCUGCUGUUCUACUGACGAGGGCCACAUUUUCUUGAUCGUACUCUGAACUAUACAAUCUUGGGCAGUGGUUCCCAAACUCACUGAAGGUUUGCAAGAUAACUGCAUUUCAGAGCAUGUAUAAUGAAAUCAAACAGAUUUUGUGUUCAUUUUCCCCCGUGAAAUCUUUGCCAGAUUAAACUUAAAAUUUUAAAGGUCGAGUCUCGGACAUCGUGUUUUCAUGUUACCGGGGAUGCGUUCCCGGGACCGCCGGUGUCUCUUGCGGUCAGUACCUUCGUCUUAUUGCUUUAUGUCAGACCUCGAACCGUACAGGUUACCCAACGUGCUUUGCCGAGGGGUACAGCGCUGUAUUCUUAAGUUUGCUGUUCAUCAACACAAUUCUUGAAACGCAAUUCGUGAACCCCUCCCCGCCCCGGUUCUGACGUGACGUCGGAGAAAGAGGACGAAGAAUUAUUUCACCUUCAUUUCCAUUUGACAGGUCAAUAUCUACUUGCCUUGGAGCACCGGGGGGAGAAAUCCGUUUACAUUGCAAUUGAAGUUCAGGACGUUUGUGAACCAGAUAAAAAGCGCGCGCUGUGGUCCCGCUUUCCCAUAAGCGCGUCUCCUGCGGUAGGCUACUGCUCGUCUGCAGGACUCGCGAGCGAUCGCUCCGCACCAUGAAAGCGAUUUGGCUCGUCUGUUCGCUCGCUCUAGCCGGUAAUUCACAAACGUUUAUUUUAUUUUCACUUUGCAUAAAGAGUUCAGUGGGCUGGGGCAAAUUCAUUUUUAUUAUGUAAUUCAUGCGAUAUUAUGAUUGAAACUCGUGAAUUGGAGAAUUGAACACGAAUUGGAAUUAGGACAAUUUUAAGCAGUAGUUUGAAAAAAGAUUGAAAAAAGUUUUUGGACUUGGAUCUAAGACACUGUACUGGAAUGGAAUAAUUAUUUAUAUCUCAUCAUAUAUCCUAUAUCUGGAAUUGUAUUGGGAAUAUUUUUGUUUAAUGGAUGUAUGCAUAUUGUAUAGCAAUUGACUGCUAGUUUGGCAUUUAACCAUUAAAGCUUUUAUUUAAUCAUUUAAUGUAAAGCUUGCAGCUGCUUUUAUAGAGUAAAGUAGGUGUUGGCAGAAUCUGCUUAUCAAUUCCUGCUCUUUUGUUUGAGUUAUUAAAGCAAUGGGAGAAAUGUCAUUGACAUACCAAAUCAAAUGUAAAUUGUUAUCGAUCGCAAAAAUGUUUGCUUCAUAAGUGAAGCGGGCGAGCUAAUGGAUUUAAGGGAGGUGGUGUAAUUCCAUUGCGAAGGGAAUAUUGACUUGGAAUUAUGUUUUUUGAAUUCACUAAACAUUGGAAGCGGUGAUAUUGUAUCUGUAUUGAAUGUGACCGUACGCAGAACAUGGCAACUGUGGUGUAAGGUUGAAGACGUCUUAAAGUUUUUUCUCAGGUACCACAGAAUCAAAUUAGCUCUACCGCAAACAUUGGCGCAAAGCGGAAAUUGUGUUUGGCCCCAGUUCAAACGUACAAAGUAAACAAGUAAAGUAUGUGUAUGUAAACUCAGGAUUCCGUGAAUCCAUCCAAGAGAUUAAUAACUAAUGUCUGGAUGACAUAAACCAGUGGUGUCCAAACUUACCUGAGAAAGCCACACAUGUUCAGGCUUUUCCAGCCAAGCACUAAAACAACAAAAAUUAAAAAAGGUAUUUUUAGAAGACCCUGGUCCAUUUAUUGGCUGUAUCGGGUGUUUUAGUACUCUGCUAGAAGAAAUCCUCCGCCCAGAACUGGCCAGCCCAGGAUGCCCCAGUAUGAAGUGUAACACAUGGGAUUGGAGAUCACAGAGCACUGAGACGAACUGAAAUGGUUCCUACAUGCUGUUGUUUUCUUCAGCCAAUAAUUAAGUUUUACUCCUGUUGUCAAGGCAUUAGGACAUCCAUCUCUCCUCCUUAUUCCACUAUUUUGUCCAACAAUGUCAAUUAUUUUCCAGGCGAGGUGUCUACUCAGGAAGACUGUAGCUACCAGAGUGUCCUGGAUUACCUGAACCUGACAAGAAUCAAUGAGAUGUUCACAGCAACUCGCCCUGUGACCGACUGGACACACCCUACGGUGGUAAACCUGGACGUGUACCUGUACGUCAUCCUGGCGGUGAUUGAAAAGUCCCAGACCUUCGUGCCCUUUGUCUGGGUCACCAUGGAAUGGAACAACGAGCUGAUCUCCUGGAACCCGGAGCAGUUCUGCGGAAUCUCCAAGGUGUCUGUUCCCAGGGAGAUGCUGUGGCAUCCUGACCUCACCAUCAUGGAAUGCACAGAAGAUACUGACAAAAUCUUCCAGAAGCCAUACAUUCAGUUCACUCAUCGUGGCUCAGUGUCCAUAGAAGAUGGCCUCAGAGUAAUCAGCACCUGCAACAUGGAUGUCUACAAGUUUCCAUUUGACACGCAGAGCUGUGUUAUUACAUUCCUCUCUAUGAUCUAUACAGAUUCUGAAAUUCAACUGCUGCCAGCCUCCAACUCCUCCUGGCUCACGCGCGGGUCCCAGAAGUACCUGCAGACUCAGGGCGAGUGGGACUUCCUCAACAUCUCUGUGGCCAAGGGGAAGGUCUCCUUCAACGGGCAGCGGUGGGACUCGCUCAAGUACACGAUCACCAUUAAGAGGAGGCCCAUGUUGAUUGUGAUGCACUUCCUGUUACCCCUUCUCUUUUUCCUCAUCCUGGACCUGUCCUCCUUCCUGAUCUCUGACACCGGAGGGGAGAAGCUGGGCUUCAAAGUGACCGUGCUGCUGGCCAUAUCCGUCCUGCUGCUCAUCCUCAACGACAUCCUGCCUGCCACAGCCGGCAGGACCCCUCUGAUAGCCAACUACUGCAUCGUCACCUUCGCUUGCCUGCUGCUGAGCCUUCUGGAGGCCAUACUGGUCAAGCACCUGAUUGAGAGAGAUGCCACAGCAGAGGAUCCACCUGAGGGGUCUCACUGCAAGCCAGAGGCGGAGAAUGGGAAUGAGUGCAGCGCCUGCAGCUGCAUGGAGGACGCCGCGGUGGUGUGCGAGCGGGGACGCGGGAGCGGUGGACUGCGCGACUCAGUGAGCGAUGCGCAGCUGCUGCAGCUGGCUUCGCGGAAGCUGCAGGUGCUGAGGCGGAGCUGCCUGACCCGAAUGGCGGGACGGGGGCAGCCACGGCUGCCCUACUGGGAGGGGGUCGCCAGGCGCAUAAACACGGUCUACUUCUGCCUCUACCUCCUCGCCGUCUGCUCAUUCCUGCUCUUCCUCGUCCUGGAGUGGACGGCCUAGUCAUGCCAUUUCACAAAGUCACCUCAGUAGCUUGAGACUUUGGAAGAACUGAAAAGCUGUUUUGUGUGCGGCUGAAGUGCUCUAUCCUGAUUCCUACUUUAUUCCUUUGCUGUCUGGUGUCUCGAGAGCUUUCAUGUGUAAGUUGCUCUGGAUAAGAGCGUCUGCUUAAUGCCUGUAAUGUAAUGCAUUUAGCGACUGGUAUCAUAAAACCAGUCGACUGUGUCAUUGUAAUCUAGCCUACAAAAACGAUGCAACAUUCAUAUUUCAAAAUUUAAUAAAUACUGCUCCUCUAACCACAAA